CAUAAAAAGAAGAAAGAAAAAAAAAUGGCUUACUAUUUGCACAGAAUAAUCUUCAUUGCUCUUGUACUCGCAAUUGCAGUUCCCUCUUCAUUGGGUCGCAGAGAGAAAUCAGAGAUCGAGAAAGACCUAAGAAAUCUCUGCUCCCAGACAAAUAGAACAAAAGAGUGCUUGUACUUCGUCAAAUCCGAGAUCAACAGGUUCAACCAGUCGGAUUUCAAAGGCGUGGCUGGUGUCGUAAUCGACCUGGCAAUAGCAAAAUCCGAUGCAAUCAAUGAUCUUCUUAAUCGGCUUUACCAGGGUUCCAAAGACGAGAAAUUGAAAGAAAAGUAUCUGUCGUGCUCGAAGAAUUACAACGACGCCAACCGCAACCUCUAUCUAGCAAAGAUAAACUUAGAUUCCGAUCAUUAUCAGAAUAUUCCUAUCCAGAUAGAAGAUACUGUUGAAGAGUUGGACAGCUGCAGGCGUGAGUUCGUCAAGGGCUCGUUCGACCCGGCUUUUUGCACAGAAUAAUUUUCAUUGCUCUUGUUCUCGCAAUUGCAGUUCCCUCUUCAUUGGGUUGGAGUUGGA